UCUCCCCAGUGUCCUCAAGGAUGCACUCGCGAGUACCUCCCUGUCUGCGCGAGUGACGGCAGGACGUACAAUAACAUGUGUCUCUUCGAUAUGGCUGCCUGCAAAGACCCAUCGUUGAAGGUCGUAUUCGAGGGACGCUGUGAUGAAGAGUCGGACUCAUGCAACGAAAUCUGCCCCUUUGACUUCGCCCCCGUGUGUGGAAAUGACGGAAUCACGUACACUAAUGAGUGCACGCUCCAGCUAGCGAUAUGCAGGGACCCUUCUAUCAAACCUGCCUUCCUCGGACCGUGCUCCUACCUAAAGUUCAUGUUAAUGUUUGUGUCGUUUGCGUAUCAUAGUGCUCUAAGUUCAGAUUAUAUAAUUUUCUUAAUUAUGAAGCAAGUGAUAUUGGAUUUGUUUUCAUUUUCUUAUUCUUUUGCUUUAAAAAUAUCUAACUUAACACCUUUAAAUAUACAGGACUACGAGUACACACACACAGACACAUAUAUUUAUAUAUUUGUAUUUACAUUUGGUUUUACGAAUCUGUCACACUGCAGGAUCCUUGGGCUGAUUUCAAUUCUACAAUACAGAAAAAUGAUUUACACAAUAAUAGCAGUUUUGAUGGCAAUGGCAACUGAGGCGGCAAGUCAACUGGCAACAGGAUACCUUCCCCCACCGGCCUGCCCCCAAAACUGCAUCGAAGUGUUCGACCCUGUUUGUGGCAGUGACGGACAAACAUACUCAAAUGACUGCACACUUAGGGUGGCCGCUUGCGAUAAUCCUGCUCUCACGAAGAUAAGCGAUGGAGAGUGUGCACCACAGCAACCCCAGUGCCCUGAUGUUUGUCCCCUGAACUUCCUCCCUGUCUGUGGCAGCGACGGCGUCACGUACCCCAACCAGUGCUCCCUCGAUAUCGCCAGCUGCAACAACCCUUCCAUCUUCAAGCAGUUCGACGGUCCUUGUGCUUCAACUCAGGAACCUGAGUGUUCUGAAGCCUGUCCGUUCAACUACCUCCCUGUGUGUGGCAGUGACGGCGUUACGUACCCGAACCAAUGCACUCUGGACGUUGCAAUUUGCAAGAACCCCUCCAUUUACAAGGCCUUUGACGGCACUUGCGAAUAGACUCUCUGGUGGAGUGAAGUAUUGUUUUGGAGCCAAUAUGGGGUCGGUUUAUAACUGCUGGUUUUGGAAGUACAUCAGUAUCAAAUGUUCGCCAUAUAUAGCAAUUCGGAUAAAGUGUUACAGAGGUGUAUUUUGAAGUCUUUUUUCUUUGCAGAUAAAUUGUUGCCAAAAACAUCCAUUAUCUGCAAUAAUCAGAUCGACGAAUGUUUUCGACAAAUGAAUGACCAAUUAUAUUUUCAGCAUUAAAAGCAUGAUAAACUGAUAAAUUAUUAAAUUACAAAUAAAAGCUACAAUUAAAUUUUUCAAGUAUUGUCUAAAAUACACGGAUGUGUGUAUGUAUGAAUGUUUACGAGAGUUAAUUAUGGAGUGGAAGGAGCAAUGCACUAUUAGUCUUAAAACUCGGUGUACCAGUA